AUGAUUUUCAGUGAAGGAACAGCUGAGGAAUUUUCACGGCUCCUCACACCGGAAUCUAUCGACUGUCGCACUCCACAACAACUAUCGCUCCUUCAUGUGAUCUGUGCAGGACAGGUUGAGUCGCAAGUCGACAAAAUCACAGCUCUACUGGAUGCGUGUGGAGGUGAUACCACCAAGAAGAACAAUCUUUUGUCUCAUCUGUCGAACAAUGGCUUCUCAGCUUUGCACGUUGCUGUCUAUAAGGGUGAUCUAGCCCUGGUGAAAAGUUUACUGGAAUGUGGCGCCGAUCCCUGCCUGGGAGGUCGACAUCAGUUGCCUCCGCUUCAUCUCGCUGCUAUGAUCGGAAGCUCAUCGAUAGCCCAGGUGAUCCCUGAGCAUUAG